GCGACAAAAGCGCGUCUCUUUGAACUAGCCAGAUCUCUCUUCCCGUCCUCGGUACUUAGUCCGCACCCCUCUGCCAGCAUCUUUGCUGUGUCCACUAUCGAUAAUUUGCAAAGAUGCAGCGAACAAAUUAUGGGCACCCUGCACCGGCGACAUCUCCACCGCUUCACCACCCUGUACCUCAGCAUGUUUCUACUGUUCCUCAACUUAGAUCACCUCCUCCACCAGCGCCGCAACAUCAAACGUCAGGCUAUGGAAACCCCUACCAGCAGCAAGGCCCUCAGGGAGGAGGCAGCGCAUUCGGCGCAUAUGGAGGUUUUAUGGCAGACCCUACGGCGCAGAUGGGAUUCCAGGUUGGGCAAACAGCUUUAAAACAUGGCACAGAAUACGUGGAACAAAAUUUCAACCGAUACGUUAAUUUCUCCGCCCUCAAACACUAUUUCAAUGUCUCGAAUUCAUAUGUGGUCAACAAGCUCUUCCUGGUCCUAUUCCCUUGGAGACACAAGCCCUGGUCCCGCAAGCAGACUAUUGGUCCAAGUGGUCAGGAAGGAUGGUUUCUACCGCCAAGAGACGACCUCAACAGUCCGGAUAUGUACAUCCCAUUGAUGGCUCUCGUCACCUACAUCCUCCUUUCCACAAUGAUGGCAGGUUUACAAGGAGCAUUCAACCCAGAGUUGCUUGGAUACACCGCCACAUACGCAUUUUUCGUUGUCGGCAUCGAGAUUCUACUUUUGAAGUUCGGGUGCUACUUAUUGUCUAUUUCGAAUGAUUCCCAGUUGCUUGAUCUUGUUGCCUAUUCUGGCUACAAAUUCGUUGGAGUAAUUGCAACGAUACUUGUCAGCGAGAUUUCGAAUGGAGGAAAAGGUACAGGCGGGUGGAUUGGAUGGACAAUUUUCUCCUACACCUUCUUGGCCAACGCUCUGUUUUUGUUACGUUCUUUAAAAUAUGUCCUACUUCCGGAAAACUCGAACGACGAGAGAGGGACAAUGCAAACAGUAGCACGGUCACAAAAGAGCCGAAGGACCCAAUUUCUCUUCUUAUACUCGUACCCUCUACAGCUCUUAUUCAUGUGGAUUCUCACACGGAUUUAAUCUUCGUUCUUGGUCGGAACAAGGCAUGUGCUGGCGCCCGGAAGAUUCAAGGCUGGGGAACAGCCUCAUGUUUGACAUUCAGUCUGGUGAAGGGGUCUCUCGUGGUAAGGCCUGAUUCUGACCUAACUGGGACUCAAAAUCCCUGUGUAUCAUAAUCUCUGCAGACAACCUUCGAGGCUCAAUGACCAUGUAGAAGUAUACGCUAUUGACAAUUGGAAGUGCUCAAGUCGGCUAUGUCCCCAGAUCCUGAUUCAAAAUUCUCCUGGAGCGAGUCGUGUAUUGGG